AUGCUUCAAUGCAUCCGUUUCAGCUUGACAAUCACUAACAAGGAUCAUACAAUACCUUUACAUUCUGAUAAUGUUGAACGACGGGAUACAGCUCCAAGAAGCUUGAAAUUUUAUACACAUUUCACUCCAAAUUUCUACCAAUUGCCAGAUUAUCAUAAAGUCCUUAAAUUUGCAGAAUAUGCAAUCAAGUUUUGGGAAGAAGCAUUGACAGUUAAGAAACCUGGAAGUCAAAAACAACUAGCAAAAAGGUAUUGUGAAAGCGGAUACUACUACCAAGUUCACGGGAACAAUUCCAUAUACUGUCGUCAGUCGAAUUGCCAACGUGAUGUUAUGUGCGGACGUGCGAAAAUUCCAGAUGAAUAUGUCGGGGAAUGUUAUCAAGAACACAAUCACAGAUUAUAUAGAUAUUACAACAAUGGAAGUGGAAUACCAUCUGCUGGUUAUGUUCUACUAGUUGAUGCCAUAAAUACAAAAUCUUGUUCUGGUAGUACAGCAGCACAUGCAUCAUCAUGUUUAAUGGAUGAAGAAACAGAUAGGCCAAUUCUUGGAUAUGUAAAUGUAUGCCCAGGAAAAAUGAAGACUGAAUAUCCUGAAGAUAGAAAUGCUCGUGGAAUUUUCCUUCAUGAAAUAGGUCAUGCUCUUGGAUUUUCAUCAUCCAGCUUUCCUUUUAUGCGUUUUCCAAAUGGGACAGCUCGAACUCCCAGAGAUGCAACACAUAAGCCAAUUUACAAAGAUCAACAUGGUCGUUAUCUUCCAAGUAACAACACUAUACGGAAGAUUACAAGACAAUGGAAAAGUGCAGCAGGAUGGUUUAGAAAAGACUUUUACAGUUUCGUUACUCCUAAAAUCAAGGCGGCUGCAAAAAAACAUUUCCGUUGUGCUAACAUAGAUGGAGCAGAUUUGGAAAAUCAACAUCAAACUGGAGCAAUUGGAUCGCAUUGGGAGGGAAGAUUAUAUUCAGCCGAAAUAAUGGCUGGAAGAAUAGAAGUUGAUUACGCGGUAUCUCGUGUUACUCUUAGUUUCUUUGAAGAUUCAGGUUGGUACAAUGUUAACUACAAGAAAGCGAUGAAAUGGUUCUAUGGUAGAAAUUUGGGUUGUAACUUUGUCAUGAAAAGUUGCUUUGAGUAUGCUGAAAUUCAACGACACUAUAACAGAUCAUAUGUCCCAUUCUGUGACGUUAUUCGUAAAGCAACAUGUCGGGAUGCAUACUCAUAUGGAACAUGUUCUAUUUUGAGAUAUCAUACUCCAGUUCCCAUAGAAGAUCGGUUCUUUACAAAAGAUCCAUUUGGUACUCGAUAUGAUCCCAGUUUUUUCGGUGGGGAAGAUCCAUUUAAAGACUAUUGUCCAACACUAGUAUAUGUUAAAGGUUUGGGCAGCGAUUAUGAAGCAACAUCAUUCUGUACACAUAAAGAGAAUAUUGAAUUAUCACAUAAAGGCACUAAUCGAUACUACCAAACAUAUGGGCCAAAUUCAAUGUGUGUUACACAUACAGGUGAUUGGACUUAUACCGACAGACAUGUACAUUCAUUAGGGAAAAAUUUACAAGGAAGUUGUCACAAGCACGAAUGUCAUAAAAAUGGGACACUUAGUUUAUACUUCAAAGAUUCCACUGUGAAUUGUGCCAAAAAAGGUCAGCUAGUACGUUUUAAUGUAACUGAUAGGAGUACGAGACUUAGUGGGGAAAUAAUAUGCCCUAAUAUUAACAUGUUUUGCAAGGUAAAGGCUUGA